AUGUCCCACCCUCAACCCCUUGAACCAAUCGACACACAGCUCCUCUCACAUCCCUCUCCUGAUUGGCUUGAUCGGUUUGUGACUUCACAAUGGGAGGGGGCAGGGCGGAGCGCCGCUGGCCUUUAUAAAGGGGGCCGGGCUGGGGGGUGGAGCUGCUCUGGGCCCCGCCCAUUCCGCAGUCAUUGCACCCGUUUGGUCGGUGCUCGUUUUGCGGUGAAGGGAGAGGGAAGAGGAGGAGACGAGGCGGCGGCGGGUGUGCGGGGCGCCGCUGGGAGAGUCGGAAGUGCCGGGUACAUCACUUCAGGAGCAGCCGUGUGUGAUGGGAAUCCCUUUGAACGUCAUGGGACACUGGCUGCAUUCUUGCUUGUUGGAGACGGUCAUUGUCUGGCAAAAGGGAGAAGCCUGGGGAGAAUGAGACAACACAGCCAAGACGGGCUGAAUGGACCUCCCACACUGGAUCCAUCCUGUGAUUUGGAGAUCGCCAUUCAGCCAAUUCUGCCUGCGCCAGACCGUUGCAGCGCCGCCGGACGCCUCCCGCAGCCCCGCCGGACGCCUCCAACUGGGUUGACUGGACAGACAGGGUUAAACGCGAUUUCUCUUUCACUAAACCAUGAGGACUCUGCCUGA